UUGAAACCGUGCGACCCUGAAGCCCGCGGCCACGAUGCCCCCGCCGUGGCCGCCGGCCGCGCCGCCGCCGGCCUGCGCGCGCUCGCUCGCUGACCUCCUCGUCGCGCUCUCCGCCGCCCGCGCGCUCCCCAAGGGGCAGCAGCUCCACGGGCAUCUCCUCAAGGCAGGCCACCUCCCCGCCACCGCCUCCUCCCACGCGCCCAUCGCCCACCACCUCCUCACCUUCUACGCCCGCUGCGCGCUCCCCGGCGACUCCCUCUGCGCCUUCCUCGACCUCCCCGCGCCGCCAUCCCCGGCCGCGUGGUCCUCCCUCAUAUCCUCCUUCUCACAGAACGGCCUCCCCGCCGCCGCGUUCGACGCCUUCCGCCGCAUGCUCGCGGCCGGCGUCCCCGCCACCGACCGCAACAUUCCCUCCGCCGCCAAGGCGGUCGCAGCCGCGGAAGACUCCUCGCGCCCGCCUCUUGCCCCGCACGCGCUCCAUGGACUCUCCGCCAAGACACCGUUCGCCGGCGACGUGUUUGUCGGGUCGUCGGUGCUUGACAUGUAUGCCAAGUGCGGGCACCUUGCCGACGCCCGCCGGCUAUUCGAUGAAAUGCCGAAGCGGAAUGUCGUCUCCUGGUCUGCUCUCAUAUGUGGGUACGCUGAUGCUGGGAUGCAUUCCGCGGCGAUGGAGAUCUUCCGCUUAGCACUUGAGGAGGCAGUGCCGGUUAAUGACUUCACAGUUUCGUGCAUUCUUCGCGUGUGUGCUGCAGCAACACUCUUUGAGCUUGGUGCUCAGGUGCACGCCCGAUCUAUAAAGACAGCUCUAAAUGCAUCACCGUUUGUGGGUAGCUCGCUUGUUUCUCUUUACUCAAAAUGUGGCCUUGUGGAGUGUGCAUACCAGGUGUUUGGUGAAGCACCUGAGAGAAACCUUGGAAUUUGGAAUGCGGGGCUCAAUGCAUCUGCUCAGCAUGGUCAUACUACUGCAGCAUUUCAACGGUUUAUGGAUAUGCAAAAUGCUGGAUUUCGUCCCAACUCCAUCACGUUCCUGUCUUUGAUCACUGCUUGUAGCCAUGCUGGUCUUGUUGAUGAGGGAAAGAGAUAUUUUUCCCUCAUGAAAGAGUACAGAAUUGAGCCGCAGGCUGAGCAUUAUGCUGCAAUGGUUGACCUACUUGGCCGUGUAGGACGUAUAAGUGAAGCACUAGGCCUUAUUGAGUCAAUGCCCAUGGAGCCACCUGAGUAUGUCUGGGGUGCACUCCUUAUGGCAUGUCGCAUGUUUAAGGAUGCUGACGCUGCAGCAAUUGCUGCAAAGAGGUUGUUUGAGACAGGGUCACGAAGCUCUGGUGCACAUAUGCUCUUGUCAAGCACGUAUGCAGCUGCAGGAAGGCAUAUGGAUGCAGCACUUGCGAGGAAAGCAAUGCGUGAUGCAGGUGUACGUAAAGAGACUGGACUAAGCUGGCUGGAAGCUGCAGGGGAGGUACAUACCUUUGUGUCAAAUUGCAGGAGACAUCCAAGAAGCAACGAAAUUUACAAUGUGCUGGAGAAAGUUGGUGAGAAGAUGGAGGCAGCUGGUUAUGUAGCAGAUACAAGUGCAGUGGUUAAGGAUGUGGACAAGGAUGAGAAGCAGGCAACAAUGAGGUAUCAUAGUGAAAGGCUAGCAAUAGGUUUGGGGCUUCUGAUUGUUCCAGAAGGUGUACCAAUACGAGUUAUGAAGAACCUACGAGUUUGUGAUGAUUGCCACAAUGCAGUUAAGUAUCUCAGUAAGUGUACAGGAAGGAUUGUAAUUCUCAGGGAUAACCGUCGGUUUCACCGGUUUGAGGAUGGGGUAUGCUCUUGUGGGGAUUUCUGGUGAUAUAUCUUCUGAUGUACCUCAUUCUCAUUCAUCAUGUUUUUCUGGUCAGGCAUUUUAGAUUAUAUUUCUUCAGGAAAUAGAUCUUUACAGGUUCAGUGGCUGGUAUGAAACACAAAUCUAUUGCCAUGCUGUUUUGGCACAGAAAAAAACAUGCCAUAACCUUCAAGCUGAAACAGCUGGACUCAGCCAUGGUUCUAUAAAUAAAACAGGACAUCGGUCAUGAUAUGUUAGGCUCAGUUUAAUAAUCUGAAUAACAGUUUCACUGCACGAUAGUUGAGACUGUUCUGAUGCUUCGUUGUGCAUAGAAGAAUGAUUGAUGUAUCAGGAGAAGCUACAUACAAGUUUCCAUACACCAGUUUGAGAGUCACCAUAAUACAUCAGCAUGGUACAGUUCAGUCCGUUACACUAUAAUCAUAUAAACUUUUCUUUUAUAAUGUCUGUCAUUCUAUAGUAUUAUCAAUUAUAAUUGUAUUAUUUCUUUGGUACUAAGUCAUAACUUUUCUUUUAUAAUGUCUGUCAUUCUAUAGUAUUAUCAAUUAUAAUUGUAUUAUUUCUUUGGUACUAAGUCAUCUACUUUGAGAAAGAUAAACUUCUAUAUCUUAAAUAGAACAGCAAAACUCAGUUUAGAUCAAAAUGAAAAAUUAUUGUGGCCCUGUUUGGAUAUUAGCUAAACAAUGCAAUGUGAACUGAAAGUAGCAUUAGCUUUAUUUUUCAGGCACUGGUACAUCUGUUGAAAUUUGUUAGGCCAAGACUUAAAGGACCUUGACCAGCUAGGCAGCUAGACCCAUAUUCAGAAAGGUGCAAUGGAGUGGCUGCUAAGCUCAUAUUGGUUUUCCUUGCCUAAUUCUGGUGAUGAGUGUUGCAAAAUACUCCUUUACAAAUGUGCCUUUCCUGGAUGAUGUUGCCAAUAACAGUGAAAAAUGGUGGUUACAUACAUCAUAACUCUGUAGAUGGCUCUUCACAAACAGAACUUUUGGCUGUAUGGUCAUGGUCUAUAUUAUUCUAUUAAGGAUAUAGUCAAGAUUACGAUUAUACAUAUGGUUAGUAAUCAUUGGAACUAAAGGUUUUAAUAUGAAAUGCUUUGGUUAGUAAACAUGGUACUAAUGGAUGCUUCUAUUGGAGAAUACUUCAAAUACCAAACAGUACGCGUAUAAACUUCUGCCAUUUAUUGGAGAAAAAUCUUCUACAGAAGAUGCUGCUCAUUUCUGGUUGCAACUGGUGAACCCCACCCCCUCUCUUCAGAGGCACACAAAGAUUUGGUGUGCUGGGUAGUGUCAGGUGGCAUUUCUUUAUGAAUAUGAUGGAGUUCUCCACUUCUCCUUUAGGCCUUAUUUGAUCCGUGCAAGUUUCUUCAUGCUUUGAAAUCCAGGAUGGAUGGUUGCCAAGUUGGGCGGUUGAUUGGUAGGGAAGAGAAUGACAGGGAGCUCAUCUUCUACAUGCUUAUGGAACUGCAGAUUUGAUGGAGAGGAUAGCAACCUAGAAUCAUACACACACACACACACACACACACACAUAUAUACCCAGACGCCCAGUGGAAUAUGAAGUUGCAAGCUUUUGUGGCUUGUAAGUAC